GGGGAAGCAGCUACCAAAAUAAACGCAAUAAAGGUCAAGAUAUAUCGGCCGGGAACAGUACCACAAUGGGAAGGUCUCCUUGUUGUGAUGAGAAUGGCCUCAAGAAAGGACCCUGGACUCCUGAAGAAGACGAAAAGCUUGUCCAGUACAUCCAUAAGCAUGGCCAUGGAAGUUGGAGAGCCCUUCCCAAGCUUGCAGGUCUUAACAGAUGCGGCAAGAGCUGCAGGUUAAGAUGGACAAAUUACUUGAGGCCAGAUAUCAAGAGAGGGAAGUUUUCUCAAGAUGAGGAGCAGACAAUUCUCCAUCUCCAUUCCGUCCUCGGAAACAAAUGGUCGGCUAUUGCGACGCACCUACCAGGCCGGACCGACAACGAAAUCAAGAAUUUCUGGAACACACAUUUAAAGAAGAAGUUGAUUCAGAUGGGUUUUGAUCCAAUGACCCACCAACCAAUUAGAACUGACCUGUUUUCUAGCCUGCCUCAUCUUUUAGCUCUUGCUAACUUCAGAGACCUGAUCAUGGACCAUCACCCUAUAGAUGAACAUGCUAUGAGAUUACAAGCAGAAACUGUCCAGUUGGCUAAGCUUCAAUACUUACAGCAUCUUCUCCAAUCCGCGGCUUCGAUGACAGUACCCAACUCAUCUUAUGGCCAAAAUGGCAUCACAGACAUGGAGGCUGCAGUCAAUCUGUUGAAUUCAAUUCCUUCUAUCAAAGAAAACCCACUUCUAAAUUCACCACAAGUAGUACUGGAGAUUAACCCAGCUGCCUCAUUUUCUCGGCCUGGAAAUUCUACCUCUCAACCACUCCACCACCCAAGCUUAUUAGCUCACCUGUCAGACCCACAAAUCCCUUUCAGUCUUCAAACAUCUUUCAAUGGUACUGAGAUGGGCCAAGGUUCUGAAUUUACGUUGGUCAGCCAAGGAUCAGAUAACCCACCUCAUGAUGAUCAUGAUCCCUCCUCAUGGCCGGUUAAUCUUCCCUUUACCACUUCUUCUGUGGAACUUCCAGCUUUGGCCGAUCAUGAGUCUUCAAUAAGCAAUAUUCCUGGAGAUGGCACCAGUAGUACCCCGAGCUAUGGAGGAGUUUCUUCAUAUUGGUCUGAAUUAUUUUUUGACGAUCCUAUCAUGCAUGAAAUUGCCUAGCUAGUUUAUUUAUCACUUCAGUUUUUGGGAGGUUUGGAUUUGCAUCACCUUAAUAUUUUGCAUGUUUGCUAGCUGCUACGUAUUAUUGUUUAUUCACGCUAUAGACUUAAUUUAAUGUGUAUAUAGGCACACCAACCUGCUCAUACGUACAUGAGUAUGUGAUCCAUGCAUGCAUGUAUACUUACAGCACAUAUUUACACGUACCAACUAUACAGAUUUUGUAUAGUUAUAUAUGAUUGUAUUAGCUUGAUCAUGACUUUGAAUUU